AUGUGCCAGGGAAAUCUGUGCCAGAGAUCGAUCCUACUGCUGGAUUCAAGCAGAAUUCAGGCUGGCUCCUGGUCGCCAUGUCGGCCCCUCGCAGGAAGCAGCUCAUGCCUCUCCCUGCUCUCUCCUGCCUGGCUCUGCUCUCCAUGGCUGGUGCAGUGGGUCCAGGGGAGCUGUGUCAGAUCAAGAUGAACCCGAUCAAAGACCGUAAUCAGGCCAACUGCACCAGGCUGGGGCUCAGCAGGGUGCCCUCCCAGCUGCCCAAAGACACCGGCAUCCUGCUGCUUGGUUGCAACCACCUGGUGUCCGUCUCCACCAGCUCCUUCCAGUACCUCCCUAUGCUGGUCGACCUGGACUUGUCACACAAUGGCUUGAAGGCGUUCCACGCUGUGCCAGCCCUGCCCCGACUUCAGGAGCUCGUCCUGUCUCACAAUGCUCUGGGAGCCUUGCCCUCGCUGCAGGGCCUGCCUGCCCUUCUCCACCUGGGCCUGGCUCACAACAGCAUCCAGGACCUUGCUCCGGGGGCCUUCCGAUCCCUGGGGGAAUUGCAGGAGCUGGAUCUGCGGGGAAACCAGCUCAGGAGGCUGCCCAAGGAGGCCUUUGCAGGGCUGGCUGUGCUGCGAAACCUGGACCUGUCCAACAACCCCCGGGAGGAGCUGCCUCUGGGGCUGCUGUCUGAGCUGGAGGCAUUGGAGGUCCUAAGGCUGUUGGGAAACUGUCUCCCUUUCCAGCGGAUCGGAUCUUUCCCUAUCCUGGCCUACCUGCGGGACUGGAUCACCGAGAACGAGGCCAGCAUCUACUAUCAGGAGGACGGGCUGGAGAAGGUCAUGGUGGAGAAUGAUGCAGAAAGUGUCAGAUGCGACUCACCCGCCCAGUACAGAGGGACCCCAGUCCUCUACUUCACACAGUCAUGCCGCAAGGCUGACAUCGACCCGUCCACCACCACCCUCUGA